AUGGAAUUGUUUCACGCCGUCACUCAAUCCAUCGGAAACGUUCUGACCUGCGACUACUUCGACACGUUCAAGGCAUUCAAGAUGGAGGGCAACAAGACUCAGGACAAGACAAUGGAUACCGUCCCGGGAGGGGAGACUCCUCAGUAUGAGUCGAUCAAGACUGAGACUGUUCCUGCCUCGAAACAAAGAGGCCAACUGGGUGGUACAUAUUUGCCCUUCUCGAACGCCGAGCUUUUCCCAUACCGCAUUCUGACACUUUUGGCAGAGGGUCCCAACACGUCCGAGACGGCUACAGCAGCGGACCAAGAGCGAGGGCAGAAGACCGCGGAAAAUAUAAGGUACGGUCAGAACAUUUCAGAGUCCGGCAUGGGUGGCAAGACCACUUCGCAGACCGGUGAAGCUGGGCCGCAGGCUGGGUAUGGAGGUGCGCCAGACCGGUCCGACGACCAAAAGGACAGACGGCCGCAGCAGAGAUAUGGCGAGGGGACUGGCAUUGGGGCGUGA